AUGUCCAAACUUUUCGUCGGCGGCCUCGCCUGGGCCACAACCAGCGACACUCUCCGCGCCAAGUUCAGCGAAUUUGGUGAGGUCACUGACGCCAUUGUCAUGACCGACCGUGAGACUGGCCGAUCAAGGGGCUUCGGAUUCGUCACCUUCAGCAACCAGGACGACGCUACCGCUGCCAUCAACGCUCUGAAUGAGCAGGAGUUCGAGGGUCGCCAGAUCCGCGUCAGCGAGGCCAACCAGGGUGGUGGUCGCGGUGGUGGCCGUGGAGGCUACGGCGGCGGCGGCGGCGGCUACGGAGGUGGUGGUGGCUACGGUCGUGGCAGCGGCGGUGGUGGAUGGAGAGACUAA